AGCGUUAGUCGGGUCUCUUUUUCGUGGCGCCUCCUAGGCGGUCGGCCGUGUCAAGAUGAAGCUGAACAUCUCCUUCCCUGCCACCGGCUGUCAGAAACUCAUCGAAGUGGACGAUGAGCGCAAGCUGCGUACGUUCUACGAGAAGCGCAUGGCCACGGAAGUGGCUGCCGAUGCGCUGGGUGAGGAGUGGAAGGGCUACGUGGUCCGAAUCAGUGGCGGGAAUGACAAACAAGGUUUUCCCAUGAAGCAAGGCGUGUUGACCCACGGCAGAGUGCGCCUGCUGUUGAGUAAGGGGCAUUCUUGUUAUAGACCAAGGAGAACUGGAGAGAGGAAGCGCAAAUCUGUUCUAGGAUGCAUCGUGGAUGCCAAUCUCAGUGUUCUCAACUUGGUUAUUGUAAAAAAAGGAGAGAAGGAUAUUCCUGGACUGACAGAUACUACUGUGCCUCGUCGGUUGGGACCUAAAAGAGCUAGCAGAAUCCGAAAGCUUUUUAAUCUCUCUAAAGAAGAUGAUGUCCGCCAAUAUGUGGUCAGAAAGCCGUUGAACAAAGAAGGUAAGAAGCCCAGGACCAAAGCACCCAAGAUUCAGCGUCUUGUUACUCCACGUGUCCUGCAACACAAACGCCGUCGUAUUGCUCUAAAGAAACAACGAACCAAGAAAAACAAGGAGGAGGCUGCAGAAUAUGCUAAACUUUUGGCCAAGAGAAUGAAGGAAGCCAAAGAAAAGCGCCAGGAACAGAUCGCCAAGAGACGUAGGCUGUCCUCUCUGAGAGCUUCUACUUCUAAGUCUGAGUCCAGUCAAAAAUAAGUCUUUAAGGGUAACAAAUAAAUGAUCAUACCUUAAAAAAAAAAAAAAC